AUGGCUAUUAUUAAGAGAGGUGCUCGAAGUAAGGCUACAGCGGCACCGGCUAAGAGAUCGGCACAGAUCAAGAAGGCCACUUACGAUUCAUCCAAGAAGAAUGAAGUAGGUGUGUCAGAUCUUACCCUUUUGACUACAAUUUCUGAUCAAUCCAUUAAUGAAAAUUUAAAGAAGAGAUUCUUGAAUGGUAGUAUCUACACGUAUAUUGGGCAUGUGCUGAUUAGUGUUAAUCCAUUUCGUGAUCUGGGAAUUUAUACCGACGCUAUCCUGGAGUCUUACAAAGGUAAAAAUCGUCUAGAAGUUCCACCACAUGUAUUUGCUAUUGCCGAAAGCAUGUAUUACAACAUGAAGGCUUAUAACGAAAAUCAAUGUGUUAUCAUCUCUGGGGAAUCUGGAGCUGGUAAGACUGAAGCCGCUAAGAGAAUUAUGCAAUAUAUUGCUGCAGCUUCUACAAAUCACUCGGAAUCUAUUGGGAAGAUCAAAGAUAUGGUUUUAGCGACCAACCCAUUGCUUGAAUCGUUUGGAUGUGCAAAAACACUGAGAAACAACAACUCUUCAAGGCAUGGUAAGUAUUUGGAAAUCCGUUUCAAUGCUCAGUUUGAACCUUGCGCCGGUAAUAUUACAAAUUAUUUAUUGGAAAAGCAAAGAGUUGUGAGUCAAAUAAAGAAUGAAAGAAAUUUCCAUAUCUUUUAUCAGUUCACGAAAGGUGCUUCAGAAAAUUACAGGCAAACAUUCGGAGUUCAGAAACCAGAGCAAUACAUUUACACAUCAGCUUCGGGGUGUACAUCUGUCGAUACCGUUGAUGAUUUAAAGGAUUAUCAAGCAACCUUGAAAGCAAUGCAAGUCAUUGGUUUGUCCCAAGAAGAGCAAGAUCAGAUUUUCAGAUUACUGGCAGCGAUCUUAUGGAUCGGUAACAUUACGUUCGUUGAAGAUGAAGAAGGCAAUGCAAAGAUCAGGGAUACCUCUGUGACAGAUUUCGUGGCCUAUUUACUGCAGGUAGAAUCCGAGCUACUGAUAAAGUCUUUGGUCGAAAGAGUUUUAGAGACUAAUCACGGUAUGAGACGGGGUUCCGUAUACCAUGUUCCUUUGAAUGCGGUCCAGGCAACUGCUGUUAAAGAUGCUCUUGCAAAAGGUAUUUACAAUAAUUUAUUCGAUUGGAUUGUCGAUAGAGUUAACAUUUCUUUGCAAGCGUUCCCUGGUGCUGAUAAGUCGAUUGGUAUUCUGGAUAUCUACGGGUUCGAAAUUUUCGAGCACAACUCAUUUGAGCAAAUCUGCAUUAAUUACGUGAACGAAAAGCUGCAACAGAUCUUUAUCCAGCUGACUUUAAAGUCGGAGCAAGAAACAUAUGAUAGAGAGCGUAUUCAAUGGACACCUAUCAAGUACUUUGACAAUAAGGUGGUCUGUGAUCUGAUCGAGGCAAAGAGGCCGCCAGGUAUUUUUGCCGCCAUGAAUGAUUCAGUCGCGACAGCUCAUGCUGACUCUAACGCGGCUGAUCAGGCGUUUGCACAGCGUUUGAACUUGUUUAGCUCGAAUCCCCACUUCGAGCUACGGUCGUCCAAAUUUAUUAUAAAACAUUAUGCCGGAGACGUUACGUACGAUGUCAACGGCAUCACAGAUAAGAAUAAAGACCAGCUACAGAAGGAUCUGGUGGAGCUAAUUGGUACGACAACAAACACGUUUCUCUCAACUAUCUUCCCUGAUGCAAUUGAUAGAGAGUCAAAAAAGAGGCCGCCAACGGCAGGUGAUAAAAUCAUUAAAAGCGCCAAUGAAUUGGUGGAAACUCUGUCCAAGGCUCAGCCGUCUUAUAUCAGAACUAUCAAGCCAAAUCAAACAAAAUCUCCAAACGACUAUGAUGAUGCCCAAGUGCUACACCAAGUCAAAUAUCUGGGUCUUCAGGAGAAUGUGCGUAUUAGAAGAGCUGGUUUUGCCUACAGACAAUUAUUUGACAAGUUUGUUGAAAGAUUUUAUCUCUUAUCUCCCCGUUGUUCUUACGCGGGGGACUAUACGUGGCAAGGAGAUACGCUGGAAGCUGUUAAAAUGAUUCUAGUUGAUGCAUCGAUCCCAGAGAAAGAAUAUCAAUUGGGUGUCACGCAAGUUUUUAUCAAAACUCCCGAAACAUUGUUCGCCCUAGAACAUAUGAGAGAUAGGUAUUGGUAUAACAUGGCUGCAAGAAUUCAGCGUGCUUGGAGAAGGUUUAGGCAAAGGAGAAUCGAUGCUGCUGUCAGAAUUCAGCGCGCCAUUAAGGAGAAGAAAGGUGGGAAUAAGUAUGAACAAUUACGUGAUUAUGGCACUAAACUUCUCGGCGGAAGAAAAGAAAGAAGAUCGAUGUCUCUGCUCGGUUAUAGAGCAUUCAUGGGUGAUUAUCUAUCCUGUAAUGAAAGAAAAUCUAAAGGUGCAUUCAUCGCUAAGCAAGUUGGGGUUACAGAAAGAGUUGUGUUUUCUAUUCAUGGAGAAGCGUUACAUUCUAAAUUUGGUAGAUCGGCCCAGAGAAUGAGAAAAACUUUCAUACUAACCUCCACUUACUUUUACAUUAUUGGUCAAGUUAUGAUUCAAAAUACGCUUUCCUAUAAUCCCGAGUACAAGAUAAACGUGAAAAAUAUAUCAUCGGUAAGUUUAACGAAUUUGCAGGAUGAUUGGGUAGGUAUAAAUGUGCUGAACGCUACACAACCUGACCCUCUCAUCAACACCUACUUCAAAACUGAACUGAUUACACAACUCAAGAAGUUGAAUAAUAAGCUUCAAAUAAAAAUAGGGCCUUCAAUUGAAUAUCAAAAGAAACCAAAUAAGUUGCAUGCUGUCAAGUGCCAGAUUAGUGAAACUGCUCCAAAGCGCGGAGACCUCUACAAGUCUAGCACGAUAUUUGUGCGCCGUGGCCAUCCUGCAAACUCUCACUCUCAUGAAAAGCCAAGAAAAGGAGCAUAUAGUGGCAGCACGUCAACCUCUAGCAAUGGUGCACAGCGCACUGCUCCAAGUGCAGCCUCUACAAGGACUCGCAAGCCCGUUCCAGUUCCAGCACAACACAGGCCUGCUGCUCCUGUUUCUAGGACUGCUUCAAAGAAGCCAGUUCCACCACCACCUGCUGCCAAAAAACCAGCCGCUAGCAACUUAGCUGCAACUGCCGCACAGGCAGCCUAUCACCCCAACGGCGUCAGUCGCGCUGCCGCCCCCUCUCAAAAUGCUACGCCGGCGUCCAAACCGGCAGUUUCCCAGAACACCACGCCUAGCGUGUCAAGGCCGCAAGAGGAGAACCGCGGAUCUCAGACCACCACGUUUCCAGUCCAAACGAAGAAUAUACCUCCACCACCUCCUCCACCACCCCCAAUGGCCAAACAGCCUGAUCCAAAGUUUGAAGCAGCUUAUGAUUUCCCUGGUUCAGGUGCACCUUCGGAGUUACCUUUAAAGAAAGGUGACGUCGUGUUUAUUACCAGACAAGAACCUAGUGGUUGGUCACUUGGAAAAUUAUUAGAUGGCUCGAAAGAGGGUUGGGUCCCCACCGCUUACAUGACUGAAUAUCAUGAAGCUCAUGAAGCACAACCAACACCUUCCACGAAUUCCGCAUUUAGUACACCUGUUGUACAUACACAGGUCGCGACAUCUACUGUCGUUGAGACGGAGCAAGUGCCAUCGCAGCAGGCCAGUUUCAGCGAUGGUCUUGCCUCUGCGCUAGCUGCCAGAGCAAAUAAGAUGAGGGUUGAAAGCGAUGAUGAGGCGGCAAGUGACGCUGAUGAAGAUGAUGAUGAUGACUGGUAG